UGAUUAGUGUCAAUUAGGACCAGCUUAAUUUCCCUCCCCAACUGCCUAUUGUAUCAAGAUCCGUUACAAUUACCUUUAUUGAGAUGGAAGAAAUCUACAAUACUUUCAGUGAUGGCUAAUGUAUUUUCUAUGCUGAUAUCAUUUAAUUUUGGUCCCUUUUUUCACAUGAAGACUAUGCUCAAGAAGAAAGCUAUCUUUCCAAGAUCACUAGUUUUUGCUACUGCAGUCAUGGGCAUUUUCUAUGGCAUUAUAAUGUUGGCAAAGGAUAUACCUGAUAUCGAAGGAGACAAAAUGGCAGGUCUCCAAACUUUGGCAGUACGUUUAGGUCCUAAGAAGGUAUUCUGGUUUUGUGUUUUUCUUCUGGAAAUGGCUUAUGGAGUUGCUAUUAUGAUUGGAGCAUCUUCUCCUUUUUUUUGGAGCAAAAUUUUUGUGGUUCUUUCUCAUGCUGUCAUGGCUUUGUUCGUCUGGUAUCGCGCUACUCUCGUAGAUUUAUCAAGCAAAGAUUCAUUGCAAGCCUUUUAUAUGGUUAUCUUUAAGCUUAUUUAUACGGAAAAUAUUCUUAUGAUUUUUGUUAGAUGAAGAUGUAAUAAGGAAU